AUAACUCAAUGUAUUGUGUAUUUUAUUGAUGUAUAUUGAUGUAAGUAAAGCAACCUGUUGCUGGUUUUUCUAGAUUCCCGAGUUUAUUCAAUCAGUCUAAGUCCGCCAUGAGGGAGAUAGUUCACAUACAGGUGGGUCAGUGUGGGAACCAAAUUGGCGCCAAAUUCUGGGAGCUUAUUUCUGAGGAGCAUGGGAUUGACAACAAAUGUGUAUAUGUAGGGGAUUCCCCUAAACAGCUGGAGAGGAUAGAUGUUUAUUAUAACGAGGCUGCCCAUGGGAAAUAUGUCCCUCGAGCCGUGCUGGUGGACCUGGAACCUGGCACCAUGGACGCGGUUCGAAGUGGCCCAAAUGGUACCCUCUUCCGGCCGGAUAAUUUUGUAUUUGGUCAGAAUGGGGCUGGAAACAACUGGGCCAAAGGUCAUUACACGGAGGGAGCGGAAUUGGUUGACCAGAUUAUGGAUAUAAUACGACAAGAAGCGGAAAAUUGCGACUGUUUGCAGGGGUUUCAACUGGCGCACUCUAUCGGCGGGGGGACUGGGUCUGGUCUGGGGACCUUAGUUACGGGGAAAAUUCGAGAAGAAUUCCCUGAUCGAAUUAUGAAUACAUUUUCUGUAGUUCCCUCUCCUAAGGUUUCAGAGGUGGUUGUUGAGCCGUAUAAUGCUGUACUCUCAGUCCACCAGCUCCUUGAAAACACAGACGAGACCUUCUGUAUCGACAACGAGGCUCUCUACGACAUCUGCUUCCGGAAUCUGAAGCUUCCUAACCCGUCCUAUGGUGAUCUCAACCAUCUCGUAUCUCGCACAAUGUCCGGAGUUACGACAUGCUUGCGGUUUCCGGGACAACUAAACGCCGAUCUUAGAAAAUUAGCUGUGAACAUGGUCCCUUUUCCACGUUUACACUUUUUCAUGCCAGGAUUUGCUCCCCUUACUUCACGAAGUUCACAGCAAUUCAGAGCACUCACUGUACCCCAACUGAUCCAGGAAAUAUUUGACGGUCGAAACAUGAUGACCGCCUGCGAUCCCCGCCACGGUCGCUACCUUACAGUGGGGGCCUUCUUCCGGGGCCAGAUGUCCAUGAAGGAGGUCGAGGAGCAAAUGAUGCUCACCCAAAACAAAUUUUCUGGAAAUUUCGUAGAAUGGAUUCCAAAUAAUCUUAAAACUGCAGUGUGUGACAUUCCGCCACGAGACGUCAAAAUGUCCGCCACCUUUAUCGGCAACAGCACUGCCAUACAGGAACUUUUCAAGCGUAUAGGCGAUCAGUUUACGGUAAUGUUCCGGCGUCGAGCGUUUUUGCACUGGUACACGGGAGAAGGAAUGGAUGAAAUGGAGUUUACAGAGGCUGAAUCUAAUAUGGCAGACUUAAUUUCCGAAUACCAGCAAUACGAAAGCAUCGGCGUGGACGACGAUUUUGGUGCGGAAGAACAAGUAGAGGAGGAAGAGGAGGGCGUGUGAACUAGUUUAAUUAAGAAAGGAACCAGUUGUGACUUUUUUUUUAAUUUCAAAUUUUUUGUGCUGUUAGACAAAUCAUUGAAAUGGAUCUUUGAAGAACAUAAUUAUCUUUAACGGACAUGGC